GCUGUAAUAUCUUGUCAACUUCACAAUGAGGAAGUAUAUCGCUACAAACGCCUACUGAUUCUUAUAUGCAGCAGUGUGUGAUCAUGUAAGCAGCUAGCACCUCUCAUCGAAUGUACAUGCCAUCGUAUCCAAAAUGAAUCUGGGAUCAAGGUUCUGUUGCCUCCUGCUCCUCUUGUUGGCCUGUACGGAAACUACUUUACAGUCGUCAAGUUCACCACACAUAUCAUCAUCACCUUCACCAUCAACAAGAUCAACGCCACCUACAGUGAUAACGAAACCGACAACAUCAUCUUCAAAGAAAAUACAAACAUCCAGCGAUGGAGAGAAAGGUGUUACGUGUACACCUGCUGGAAUUCCUGGAAAGGUAGAACAUCUUCACAUCGAUCACAUACAAGACAAUUUUACGAGUGUGGAAGUCUUCUUCUCCUGUCCAAACGAAACAGAAAGACACGGCGACAUAAAAUACUACAUACUGUCGUAUGAAGCUCAGCGAGAACAUAACCACAACGUGACAGAAAAUCCCCAAGGAUUAAACAUUUCAGCUGAACCUGAGUCGAACUGUAACUACUCACGGGUUGUACCCAUCACAGCACAAGUACACUACAUGUUCUCGGUCCGUGCAUAUAACAAAUACAAUGGAACCGUUUCUGAAAAGAAUUAUACCACGCUUACUGGAGCGUCCGGCCCUGUGGCUAGUUUGGAUGUACUGAGUACAACGGCAGAUUCCAUCACUAUACAGUGGACCAGGCCAUCACUUCCAAAUGGCAACAUCCUUUGGUAUCUGAUAAACGUUACAUCGGACGGCAAACAUGAAAGAGUUAUAAAUGUGACCUGUGACCAGCCUGAGGGCGGCGGCAAACCGAACUGUAAAGAAACGGACACUUCAAACACGGAGAGUGCUCUUGUUGUCAACCAAGACAGAAAUGAGCUCUAUUACUACAACAUUGAAACCUUACAAUCCUACACUAACUACACAAUAGCAAUAUCGUGUGUCAACAUAAACGGAACAGGGGUGGAGAGGAACAUCACAUUUCAAACCAACAUGACCGUUCCUGGAAAGGUAGAACAUCUUCACAUCGAACACAUACAAGACAAUUUUACGAGUGUGGAAGUCUUCUUCUCCUGUCCAAACGAAACAGAAAGACACGGCGACAUAAAAUACUACAUACUGUCGUAUGAAGCUCAGCGAGAACAUAACCACAACGUGACAGAAAAUCCCCAAGGAUUAAACAUUUCAGCUGAACCUGAGUCGAACUGUAACUACUCACGGGUUGUACCCAUCACAGCACAAGUAGACUACAGGUUCUCGGUCCGUGCAUAUAGCAAAUACAAUGGAACCGUUUCUGAAAAGAAUUAUACCACGCUUACUGGAGCGUCCGGCCCUGUGGCUAGUUUGGAUGUACUGAGUACAACGGCAGAUUCCAUCAGUAUACAGUGGACCAGGCCAUCACUUCCAAAUGGCAACAUCCUUUGGUAUCUGAUAAACGUUACAUCGGACGGCAAACAUGAAAGAGUUAUAAAUGUGACCUGUGACCAGCCUGAGGGCGGCGGCAAACCGAACUGUAAAGAAACGGACACUUCAAACACGGAGAGUGCUCCUGUUGUCAACCAAGACAGAAAUGAGCAGUGUGACUACAACAUUACAGGCUUAGAAUCCUACACUAACUACACAAUAGUAAUAUCCUGUGUCAACAUAAACGGAACAGGGGUGGAGAGGAACAUCACAUUUCAAACCAACAUGACCGUUCCUGGAAUGGUAGAAAAUCUUCACAUCGAACACAUACAAGACAAUUUUACGAGUGUGGAAGUCUUCUUCUCCUGUCCAAACGAAACAGAAAGACACGGCGACAUAAAAUACUACAUACUGUCGUAUGAAGCUCAGCGAGGACAUAACCACAACGUGACAGAAAAUCCCCAAGGAUUAAACAUUUCAGCUGAACCUGAGUCGAACUGUAACUACUCACGGGUUGUACCCAUCACAGCACAAGUACACUACAUGUUCUCGGUCCGUGCAUAUAACAAAUACAAUGGAACCGUUUCUGAAAAGAAUUAUACCACGCUUACUGGAGCGUCCGGCCCUGUGGCUAGUUUGGAUGUACUGAGUACAACGGCAGAUUCCAUCAGUAUACAGUGGACCAGGCCAUCACUUCCAAAUGGCAACAUCCUUUGGUAUCUGAUAAACGUUACAUCGGACGGCAAACAUGAAAGAGUUAUAAAUGUGACCUGUGACCAGCCUGAGGGCGGCGGCAAACCGAACUGUAAAGAAACGGACACUUCAAACACGGAGAGUGCUCCUGUUGUCAACCAAGACAGAAAUGAGCAGUGUGACUACAACAUUACAGGCUUAGAAUCCUACACUAACUACACAAUAGUAAUAUCCUGUGUCAACAUAAACGGAACAGGGGUGGAGAGGAACAUCACAUUUCAAACCAACAUGACCGUUCCUGGAAAGGUAGAAAAUCUUCACAUCGAACACAUACAAGACAAUUUUACGAGUGUGGAAGUCUUCUUCUCCUGUCCAAACGAAACAGAAAGACACGGCGACAUAAAAUACUACAUACUGUCGUAUGAAGCUCAGCGAGAACAUAACCACAACGUGACAGAAAAUCCCCAAGGAUUAAACAUUUCAGCUGAACCUGAGUCGAACUGUAACUACUCCCGGGUUGUACCCAUCACAGCACAAGUACACUACAUGUUCUCGGUCCGUGCAUAUAACAAAUACAAUGGAACCGUUUCUGAAAAGAAUUAUACCACGCUUACUGGAGCGUCCGGCCCUGUGGCUAGUUUGGAUGUACUGAGUACAACGGCAGAUUCCAUCAGUAUACAGUGGACCAGGCCAUCACUUCCAAAUGGCAACAUCCUUGGGUAUCUGAUAAACGUUACAUCGGACGGCAAACAUGAAAGAGUUAUAAAUGUGACCUGUGACCAUCCUGAGGGCGGCGGCAAACCGAACUGUAGGGAAACGGACACUUCAAACACGGAGAGUGCUCCUGUUGUCAACCAAGACAGAAAUGAGCUGUGUGACUACAACAUUACAGGCUUAGAAUCCUACACUAACUACACAAUAGUAAUAUCCUGUGUCAACAUAAACGGAACAGGGGUGGAGAGGAACAUCACAUUUCAAACCAACAUGACCGUUCCUGGAAAGGUAGAAAAUCUUCACAUCGAACACAUACAAGACAAUUUUACGAGUGUGGAAGUCUUCUUCUCCUGUCCAAACGAAACAGAAAGACACGGCGACAUAAAAUACUACAUACUGUCGUAUGAAGCUCAGCGAGAACAUAACCACAACGUGACAGAAAAUCCCCAAGGAUUAAACAUUUCAGCUGAACCUGAGUCGAACUGUAACUACUCACGGGUUGUACCCAUCACAGCACAAGUACACUACAUGUUCUCGGUCCGUGCAUAUAACAAAUACAAUGGAACCGUUUCUGAAAAGAAUUAUACCACGCUUACUGGAGUUCCUGGAAAGGUAGAAAAUCUUCACAUCGAACACAUACAAGACAAUUUUACGAGUGUGGAAGUCUUCUUCUCCUGUCCAAACGAAACAGAAAGACACGGCGACAUAAAAUACUACAUACUGUCGUAUGAAGCUCAGCGAGAACAUAACCACAACGUGACAGAAAAUCCCCAAGGAUUAAACAUUUCAGCUGAACCUGAGUCGAACUGUAACUACUCACGGGUUGUACCCAUCACAGCACAAGUACACUACAUGUUCUCGGUCCGUGCAUAUAACAAAUACAAUGGAACCGUUUCUGAAAAGAAUUAUACCACGCUUACUGGAGCGUCCGGCCCUGUGGCUAGUUUGGAUGUACUGAGUACAACGGCAGAUUCCAUCAGUAUACAGUGGACCAGGCCAUCACUUCCAAAUGGCAACAUCCUUGGGUAUCUGAUAAACGUUACAUCGGACGGCAAACAUGAAAGAGUUAUAAAUGUGACCUGUGACCAUCCUGAGGGCGGCGGCAAACCGAACUGUAGGGAAACGGACACUUCAAACACGGAGAGUGCUCCUGUUGUCAACCAAGACAGAAAUGAGCUGUGUGACUACAACAUUACAGGCUUAGAAUCCUACACUAACUACACAAUAGUAAUAUCCUGUGUCAACAUAAACGGAACAGGGGUGGAGAGGAACAUCACAUUUCAAACCAACAUGACCGUUCCUGGAAAGGUAGAAAAUCUUCACAUCGAACACAUACAAGACAAUUUUACGAGUGUGGAAGUCUUCUUCUCCUGUCCAAACGAAACAGAAAGACACGGCGACAUAAAAUACUACAUACUGUCGUAUGGAGCUCAGCGAGAACAUAACCACAACGUGACAGAAAAUCCCCAAGGAUUAAACAUUUCAGCUGAACCUGAGUCGAACUGUAACUACUCACGGGUUGUACCCAUCACAGCACAAGUACACUACAUGUUCUCGGUCCGUGCAUAUAACAAAUACAAUGGAACCGUUUCUGAAAAGAAUUAUACCACGCUUACUGGAGCGUCCGGCCCUGUGGCUAGUUUGGAUGUACUGAGUACAACGGCAGAUUCCAUCAGUAUACAGUGGACCAGGCCAUCACUUCCAAAUGGCAACAUCCUUGGGUAUCUGAUAAACGUUACAUCGGACGGCAAACAUGAAAGAGUUAUAAAUGUGACCUGUGACCAUCCUGAGGGCGGCGACAAACCGAACUGUAGGGCAACGGACACUUCACACACGAAGAGCGGUCCUGUUGUCAACCAAGACAGAAAUGAGCUCUACGACUACAAAGUUGAAACCUUACAAUCCUACACUAACUACACAAUAGCAAUAUAUUGUGUCAACAUAAACGGAACAGGGGAGAGGAGGAAAACCACAGUUCAAACCAACAUGACCGUUCCUGGAAAGGUAGAAAAUCUUCACAUCGAUCACAUACAAGACAAUUUUACGAGUGUGGAAGUCUUCUUCUCCUGUCCAAACGAAACAGAAAGACACGGCGACAUAAAAUACUACAUACUGUCGUAUGGAGCUCAGCGAGAACAUAACCACAACGUGACAGAAAAUCCCCAAGGAUUAAACAUUUCAGCUGAACCUGAGUCGAACUGUAACUACUCACGGGUUGUACCCAUCACAGCACAAGUAGACUACAUGUUCUCGGUCCACGCAUUCAACAAAUACAAUGGAACCGUUUCCGAAAAGAAUUAUACCACGCUUACUGGAGAGUCUGGUCCCGUGGCUAGCUUGGUUGUAUUGAAUACAACGGCAUAUUCCAUCACUAUACAGUGGACGAAGCCAUCACUUCCAAAUGGCAACAUCCUUGGGUAUCUGAUAAACGUUACAUCCGGCGACAAACCUGACAGAGUUAUAAAUGUAACCUGUGACCAGUCUACGGAAGACAGAAAGCACGAAUGUAAAGCAGUUGACACUACAAAUACGAGUAGUGCCGCUGUUUUCAACCAAGACGGAAAUAAGCAAUAUGACUACAAUAUUACAGCCUUAGAGUCUUAUACUAACUACACAAUAGUAAUAUCCUGUGUUAACAUAAACGGAACAGGGGAGGAGAGGAACACCUAUGUUCAAACAAACAUGACUGUUCCAUCACCGCCAAAGGAGUUGCAGGCCUUUGUGAACAGAUCGUCAAGUGUGACCCUGUUCUGGACCCCCGCCGAUCACCAGGACGGACCCACUACCUACUACAUUACAGUAGGGGAAGAGAACAGCCUAAACUCACUCACUUUCCAAGAGAUAGAGUGUGUCACUGUCACUGGUUUUCAUAAUACAUCCGUCUUGAUUGAGGGUCUCCGGAGUUACUGGAUCUACAACUUCAGCAUCACAGCAGCUACUCCAGUUGACAAUUCAAGUGUCGUGUCUCUGAACAGAACUGUCAGGACAGACGAGUCAGCUCCUGGAAAGGUAGAGAAUCUUCGCAUCGCUCAGAUUAAAGACAACUUCACGAGUUUGGAAGUCAUCUUCUCCUGUCCCAACGAAACAGAAAGACACGGCGACAUUAAAUAUUACAUACUGUCGUAUGAUGCUCAGGGAGAUUAUAACCACAGCAUGAUAGAAAAUAAUCAAGGAUUGAACAUUUCUGCUGAACCUGAGCCGAACUGUAACUACUCACGGGUUGUACCCGUGACGCCUGAAGUAAACUACAUGUUCUCGGUUGUAGCUCAUGAUUCGUAUGCUGGGAAUGAAACAACUGAAUAUCACUUCGCAAAAGAUGGGCAGCCAGGGAGUGUAUCAGAUUUCACGAGCACGUCCACCACCAACAGCUCCAUCAGUCUGUCCUGGAAGCCUCCCAGAUUUACCAAUGGCUUCAUCCUGGGAUAUGUCCUGCAUGUCCACACAGAAGACGGGGUGUGUCUGCAGGCUGUGCACAUUGUCUGUACUGACUGCCAGUCUCAUGGAACCUUCAGAGUAGAGGAUGGAAACUGUAGUAUUUCCCGACAUACCAUUAUACAAAGACCGGAAACGUCUCUCACCAACUAUGACGUCAACUCCCUCUUGUCGUUCACUAACUACACCAUCACCGUGGCUGCUGUCAAUAACUUCAGCAUCGGCAUUGACACUUCCGUUGCUAUACGGACAGACAUUGAUGUCCCCGCGAUGCCUACACAACUCUCUGUCACUGUGCUGAACGCAUCGGCGGUGGAGAUUACCUGGACGCCCCCAGUUCACAAGUCUGGACCGACGGAUUACACCAUCCUCGUACAGCAGGCUACAGGAAGACAAUCUUCAACGUUCGAGAACAUGGACAACUUAACUGUAAACGGUUACAAUUCUUCUGAAAGAACCAUUGGUGGUCUAUUGAGCUCGUGGAGGUACAAUUUCAGCAUUAUAGCCAGUACAUGUAAAGGAGGUUCCCGUCCCACGGUCAGAGAAAGUAACAUCACCACCCAAGAAUCCAAACCUUGUGAAGUACAGCAAUUGAGCGUUUCGUCGAUUCCUGGCAACUUUACAGCUGUAAACCUCACCUGGGACUGUCCCAAGGAAAGAGAAAGGAACGGAUUUAUCAAGAAUUACACCAUAGAGUAUUCCUAUCCGGGUGCAGAACCUAUGGUGUAUGGCCACUAUGAACCUGAGGAUCCGUGUGAUGUUACACAUACAGCCAUAUUACCUGUACGACCAGAACACAGCUACACAUUCACAGUUUCUGCUAAUGCAAUGUACAAAGGCAAAACGAAACAGUCAAACGUGUUCCCUGCUCGUGCUGGUAAACCCCUGACGAAGACUUCGUCAGAAAUAUUCAUCAGCAAAGCAGCUCAAAGCAAAGACGUUGCCACAGACACAUCUUUUACUGUCUCGUUUGAUUCAACCACACUUCUCGACGAUACUAAUGGGAAAAUUAUUGAAGCAGGAAUUCUUGUCAUGAAGAAAAAUGAAAAAACAUCAAAGCGUCCAGAAAAUAUGACGGAUUGGGACACAUGGAAGAACUGGUAUAAGUGGAAGAAUAGCGGGUAUAAGGGUUCUUACCGCCCCACCCCAGAACACUACCUGAUUCAUGUUAGGAAAAGGAGGAGCGCUCCUACAGGGGAAAGUCUCAUGUCUUACUCGGUUGGUGUGGAUGUCAAGUGCGACAGUGAACAAGACCAGUUCUGUAAUGGACCCCUGGAACCAGAGACUAUAUAUAAGGUUGUUGCUGUGUCGUGUACCAGUGCUGGUUGUACAUCUACUGAUCCGUUCGGUAACUUCAAAACAGAACCAACGCCCAUUGUCGGCGCUGUAGUAGGAGGAAUAGUAGCAGCCGUCGUCGUCAUCGGGGUUGUUGUAGGAGUCGUUCUUCUCCGUAAUCGCCGCAAAAGGAAGAGUCAUGACGGUAACGAAGACAACGAGUCUGAGGAUGAUUAUGAGGCCGAGGAUAAUGUCGAUAAUAAGACGAUGCCUAAAAAGAUCGCGGAUUUCGACAAGAUCGUAAAGGAUUUAUACAAGGAUUCAAAGCUACUCUUUACCAGAGAAUGGCAGCAACUCGCCGCUGCGACUGUGAAGCAACCGUCCGAGAAUGCGGUGCUGGUCGGCAACAGAUCCAAGAACCGAUACGUCAACAUUCUGGCGUAUGACCACUCCCGGGUCAAGCUGCUGCCCCUUGAUGAGGAUGAAUGCUCUGACUACAUCAACGCCAACUACAUCCCUGGCUACACAUCCCCCCGUGAGUACAUCGCCUCCCAGGGCCCCCUGUCACAAACCACCGUGGACUUUUGGAGGAUGAUCUGGGAGCAGAAAGUCCCUCUUAUUGUCAUGCUGACAGGAUUAAUGGAGGGCGGUGUGAGAAAGUUGGACAUGUACUGGCCCGAUGAAAUGAACGCUCCUAAACAGUAUGGCGACCUGGUUGUUGAACUGAUAAACAAGUCACCUCUCAGCAAGUUCACCAUCAUGAUCUUCAACAUGACGUUGGGUAACGACACGCGUACAGUGAAGCACUUCUUCUUGCCGGGAUGGCACGACUACAACGCCAAUCUCGAUGAAGGGGACGUCAUCGACUUCGCACGAUAUGUCCGUGCAGAGCUGAAACCAACAGACGAGGGGCCAAUGUUGGUCCACUGCAGCGCUGGUGUCGGUCGGACCGGGACGUACUUGAGCGUGGACUACUUUAUCCAGGUGAUCGACAACUGCGACAUUGACGGCGAGGUCGACAUUUUCUCCUACGUCCUCAAGAUGCGCAACAAUCGACCAUUCAUGGUCCAGUCAGAGAAGCAGUAUGUGUUCAUCCAUGAUGCUGUCAAGGAGAUGAUCGCCAGGAAGAAGAAGCUGCUGUUUGGAGAACAGGAGGAAAACAUUUACCAGAACCAAGGAUUUGUUCCCGAUGAAGCUGACGGUGAACAUCUCUACAUGAAUGUAGUCUCGGGAGCACAGAGAAUGUGAACACUGCGGCGUCGUCACUGAGGGAUGUUCGCCAGCAAAGGAAACAAAGACAACUGUACCAUAUGUGACCAUUCAUUUGUUGGAAUGUCUUAAAUCAAAUGGAUGAAAUGGACUGUUGACACGUCUUGCGUGUCGCUCGACGGUUCCCAAUCAAUUAAAAACAUUUCAAUAGCCAAUCAAAUGAAAGCAUUUCAGUUCGUGCCUACAGAAAUUAAUAUCCAUGUAUACCUUAAGUAUAUGCUUUUAAACUUAUAUUCCUGAGCCUGAAAUACAUGUAUGUUAUGAACACUUAAUCGUUAAACCUGACACAUGUCAUUAUUAUGCUACUAUAUAUAUAUAUAUAUAUAUAUAUAUAUAUAUAUAUAUAUAUAUAUAUAUAUAUAUAUAUAUAUAUAUUAGUCAGCAUUUAGAAAACUGAUAUAACAGAUAUCGUAAUAUAUUUGAGUGAUAUAAAUUAAUUAUCUCUUAGCUUUGGGACUAAUUCCUUUCUUAUUAUUUUUGAUAUUUUUACUAUUGAUUUCAACCUGUGUUACAUUUGAUAACAUUGUAGGAUGUAGUAUAUAGCUUUGAAUUUAUGAAUGUGCUAUUGCAUUUUGGCUACAUAAAUGAACAAUUGAUACACAUUGAACACAUUGAACAAUACCUCAAAUCUAUACACUUGAGAAUAUUAUUUUGCAAUACAUUAACUAAACGUAUAAAUGCUUUAACAGUUUGCCUUGUAAAAGUCUAAAUACAUUGUACAUACAUAAUUAUGUGUGAUUAUGAAAGGAUUCUUUGAGACAUCAUCAUAUAAGCUCAUUAAAUCAGUAAUAGAUUUGUAUAUUUUGUUUUAAUGUUUUAAGACGUUGAUUACAUUACACUACACUAAUGAAAUGAAUGUUCUCUUCCGUGUGAGUAUUCAUAGUAUAGUUCUUUUACAAUACCAGUUCAAUUGCAUCACUAGCAUUUGCAUAUAUAAUGUAUUCCUUUAUGUCAAAUAAAAGUAUAGCUUUUCACGCUUUGAGAA